AUGUCGAUGCUGGCCCCCCUGCGGCUGCCACGCGAGCCCUGGAAUACUAGCGAGGGCAACCAGAGCAACACCACAGCCGGGGCUGGUGGAGCCUGGUGCCAGGGACUCAACAUCCCCAAUGAGCUGUUCCUCACGCUGGGGCUGGUGAGCCUGGUGGAGAAUCUGCUGGUGGUGGCCGCCAUCCUGAAGAACAGGAACCUGCACUCGCCCAUGUACUACUUCAUCUGCUGCCUGGCCGUCUCUGACAUGCUGGUGAGCAUCAGCAACCUGGCGGAGACCCUCUUCCUGCUGCUGCUGGAGCACGGCGUGCUGGUGGUCCGCCCCACCGUCAUCCGCCACAUGGACAAUGUCAUCGACAUGCUCAUCUGCAGCUCCAUCGUGUCCUCCCUCUCCUUCCUGGGGGUCAUCGCCGUGGACCGCUACAUUACCAUCUUCUACGCCCUGCGCUACCACAGCAUCAUGACCCUGCAGCGGGCUGUGGUGACCAUGGCCAGCAUCUGGUUGGCCAGCACUGUCUCCAGCACCGUCUUCAUCACCUACUACCGCAACAACGCCAUCCUCCUCUGCCUCAUCGGCUUCUUCCUCUUCAUGCUGGUCCUCAUGCUGGUGCUCUACAUCCACAUGUUCGCCCUGGCCCGCCACCACCUCCGCAGCAUCUCCAGCCAGCAGAAGCAACCCACCGUCUACCGCAGCAGCAGCCUGAAAGGAGCUGUCACCCUCACCAUCCUCCUGGGUGUCUUCUUCAUCUGCUGGGGGCCUUUCUUCUUCCACCUCAUCCUCAUUGUCACCUGCCCUACCAACCCCUUCUGCACCUGCUUCUUCAGCUACUUCAACCUCUUCCUCAUCCUCAUCAUCUGCAACUCGGUGGUUGACCCCCUCAUUUAUGCCUUCCGGAGCCCGGAGCUCUGGCGGACGCUGCGGGAGUUGGUGCUGUGCUCCUGCUCGAUUGCUCCCGGUUGCCGCUGUCGGGCCCCGGGUGGAGUCCGGCGGGACCGAGAGGGACUGUCGGGGCUUGGAGCGGCCCUGGGCGCGGGGCUGGAGGGUGAGGUGUGCGUCCCCCCGCCGCUCCCCCGUGCCCGGGUAGUCCCUGCUCUCCCCCCGGCACCCCAAUCCCCGCGGGUACCGGGGUCCCCCCGCGUACCGGGGCGAGUGCCCCCCCCGUGGCUGCAGGGUCCCCCGCGGUGCCGGGGGGCUCCCCGAGCCGGCGGGGCGUGGCCGGGGCGUGGCGGCGGGCCCGGUGCCGCAGGGGCUGUUGCAGCGUUGCGGCGGCGGCUGCCGAUUGGCUGCGGUGCGGCGGUGACGUCAGCGGCCGGCCCGGUGCGGCGCGAGCCGCCUAUAAAGGAGGUGGCGGCGACGGGGCCGCCCCCCGCACCGCCGGUCCCCGCUCCGCUCCGGUUCCCGCUCCCGACCCGAUCCCGUUCCCGUCCCGGCAGCACCAUGAGGGAGAUCGUCCACAUCCAGGCGGGGCAAUGCGGCAACCAGAUCGGCGCCAAGUUCUGGGAGGUGAUCAGUGACGAGCACGGGAUCGACCCCAGCGGCAACUACGUGGGGGACUCGGACCUGCAGCUGGAGCGCAUCAGCGUCUACUACAAUGAGGCCUCCUCUCACAAGUACGUGCCUCGCGCCAUCCUGGUGGACUUGGAGCCGGGGACGAUGGACAGUGUGCGCUCGGGCGCCUUCGGCCACCUCUUCCGCCCCGACAACUUCAUCUUCGGGCAAAGCGGGGCCGGGAACAACUGGGCCAAGGGCCAUUACACCGAAGGGGCUGAGCUGGUGGAUUCUGUACUGGAUGUGGUUCGGAAGGAGUGCGAGAACUGCGACUGCCUGCAGGGCUUCCAGCUGACCCACUCGCUGGGCGGCGGCACCGGCUCCGGCAUGGGCACGCUCCUGAUCAGCAAGGUGCGGGAGGAGUACCCCGACCGCAUCAUGAACACUUUCAGCGUGGUGCCCUCCCCCAAGGUGUCGGACACGGUGGUGGAGCCCUACAACGCCACGCUCUCCAUCCACCAGCUGGUGGAGAACACGGAUGAGACCUACUGCAUAGACAACGAAGCUCUCUACGACAUCUGCUUCCGCACCCUCAAGCUGGCCACCCCCACCUACGGCGACCUCAACCACCUGGUCUCGGCCACCAUGAGCGGUGUCACCACCUCCCUCCGCUUCCCUGGCCAACUCAACGCUGACCUCCGCAAGUUGGCCGUCAACAUGGUGCCCUUCCCUCGCCUCCACUUCUUCAUGCCAGGCUUUGCCCCGCUGACAGCCCGUGGCAGCCAGCAGUACCGCGCCCUCACUGUCCCCGAGCUCACCCAGCAGAUGUUUGAUGCCAAGAACAUGAUGGCAGCUUGCGACCCCCGCCAUGGUCGCUACCUCACCGUGGCCACUGUCUUCCGGGGCCGCAUGUCCAUGAAGGAGGUGGACGAGCAGAUGUUGGCCAUCCAGAGCAAGAACAGCUCUUACUUCGUAGAGUGGAUCCCCAACAACGUCAAGGUGGCCGUCUGUGACAUCCCACCCCGGGGGCUGAAGAUGUCCUCCACCUUCAUUGGCAACAGCACAGCCAUCCAGGAGCUCUUCAAGAGGAUCUCGGAGCAGUUCACAGCCAUGUUCCGGCGCAAGGCCUUCCUGCACUGGUACAAAGGGUGAGGGAUGGAUGAUAAGGUAGAUCACGAGGCUGAGAGCAACAAUGGACCGACCUUGUUCUCUGAGUACCAGCAGUACCAGGAUGCCACGGCCGAGGAGGAGGGCGAGAUGUACGAAGAUGAUGAGGAGGAGUCGGAGGCGCAGGGUGCCAAGUGAUGCCCAAGGUGUCCCCCCCCGCAGCCCCUCCCGGCUUAACGCUGCCGCCCCCCAGCCGGGCUCCCCCUGCCUUGUCCCUUUGGUGUCUCCUGAACCCCUGAGCCAGCUCGGCCCCCUCCCACCCCCCU